AGUGAAAACUGUGGGCGUGGGUGGGCGGAGCCGGAAGUAGAGCCCAGCAGAGAGGCCCCUGUCCGGCUAGGGCGGAGGGAAGGGGGAGGGAACUAGAAGAGGAGGAGGUUAGCCAAGGCAGCUACAGCGGCGGCGGCGCAGGGGCUGGUACGCGCUGGGCGGCGAGAGCCUCAUGGCGGAGGAAGAGAGCGACCAAGAGGCCGAACGCCUCGGAGAAGAGCUCGUGGCCAUUGUGGAGUCCCCGCUGGGCCCUGUGGGGCUUAGCUCAGAGGACGACGGCAGAAGUGGCGCUGGCGGCGGCAGCUGCGGCGGCUGCGGCGGUGGCGUCGGAAUCAGCAGUCGGGAUUACUGCCGACGCUUCUGUCAGGUGGUUGAAGAUUAUGCUGGAAGAUGGCAGGUCCCUUUGCCACAGCUUCAGGUUCUUCAGACUGCACUUUGUUGUUUUACAUCAGCCAGUGCAUCAUUCCCAGAUGAAUGUGAGCACGUACAGUAUGUUUUGAGUAGCCUUGCUGUGAGUUUCUUUGAGUUGCUGCUGUUCUUUGGAAGAGAUGAGUUUUAUGAAGAGCCGUUAAAAGAUAUUCUUGGAUCAUUCCAGGAAUGCCAGAAUCACCUCCGCAGAUAUGGAAAUGUGAAUCUGGAACUGGUGACUCGAAUCAUUAGAGAUGGUGGCCCAUGGGAAGAUCCAGUGUUGCAAGCUGUUCUUAAAGCCCAGCCAGCAUCUCAGGAGAUAGUGAACAAAUAUUUGAGUUCUGAAAAUCCACUGUUCUUUGAACUACGUGCCAGAUACCUAAUUGCUUGUGAACGCAUACCCGAAGCAAUGGCUCUUAUUAAGUCUUGUAUAAAUCACCCAGAAAUCAGUAAAGACUUGUACUUCCAUCAAGCAUUCUUCACAUGUCUGUUUAUGUCACCUGUAGAAGAUCAGCUAUUCCGGGAGCAUUUAUUGAAAACUGAUUGUAAGAGUGGAAUCGAUAUCAUCUGUAAUACUGAAAAAGAAGGAAAGACUAUGUUAGCUUUGCAACUCUGUGAAUCUUUUCUUAUUCCACAGCUCCAGAAUGGGGACAUGUACUGUAUCUGGGAGUUGAUUUUCAUAUGGAGUAAACUACAGCUUAAAUCUAAUCCUUCAAAACAAGUUUUUGUAGAUCAAUGCUACCAGCUUUUAAGAACAGCAACUAAUGUGAGAGUCAUAUUUCCUUUCAUGAAAAUCAUUAAAGAUGAGGUUGAAGAAGAAGGCUUGCAAAUUUGUGUUGAAAUAUGUGGUUGUGCUCUACAAUUAGACCUUCAUGAUGACCCCCAAACUAAAUGUCUGAUUUAUAAAACAAUUGCACAUUUUUUGCCAAAUGAUUUGGAAAUCCUCAGGAUUUGUGCACUCUCAAUAUUUUUUCUUGAGCGUUCCUUAGAAGCUUAUCAUACUGUUGAAGAGCUUUAUAAACGUCCAGAUGAAGAAUAUAAUGAAGGCACAAGUAGUGUUCAAAAUCGUGUUCGUUUUGAGUUACUUCCAAUUUUGAAAAAGGGACUGUUUUUUGAUCCUGAAUUUUGGAACUUUGUAAUGAUUAAGAAAAACUGUGUAGCAUUACUGAGCGAUAAAUCAGCAGUUAGAUUUCUAAAUGAAAGUACACUGGAAAAUUCUACAGAUAAUCUAAAAAAGACAAUGGAACAGCAAGGUUUAGAUGAAGGGCUUGACUGUCUUACAGAUCAGAGCACUGGAGAGACUGAUCUUGAUGAUGUGUCUGGAGUGCAACCUAAAAGUCAUAUUAAUACAAAGAAAAACCUUACAGCUUUUAAUACUUCCAAAGUAGAUCACAAUGUCCCAAGACAUCGGUGUAUGUUAUGUAACAAGGAAUUUCUAGGUGGUCACAUUGUAAGGCAUGCCCAGGCUCAUCAGAAAAAAGGCAGUUUUUCAUGUGUAAUAUGUGGUAGAAAAUUUAGAAAUAGAGGACUUAUGCAAAAACAUUUAAAGAAUCAUGUUAAGAAAAUACAGAGACAGCAAAUUGCUGCAGCUCAACAGGAUGAUCAGGAAAUCACUAUUUUGGAAGAAAUAGACUGUUCCAAUUCUUCCAUUUCAUUUGAAAAUGGAAAUUCUGAUAAUCAGGAUUUGGAAGUAGGGACUUUUACUGCUUCUAGUGAUGGAAACAAAGAAGUCAUUCCUGAGCACGUGGCUGAAUUCAUUGAAAUUCCUGUAAGUGUACCCGAAGAUGUUAUUGAAAACAUUAUUGAAAAUGGCAGUCCUGAUACUUCUUUAAAUAAUGUCUUGAAGCCUUUACCAGAAUGUGAGGAUGAUUAUGAGGAGGAAGAAGAUGAAGAAGGUGAUUAUGAAGAUGAUGAUUAUGACCUGAAUCAAGAAACUUCAGUACUUCAUAAAAUCAAUGGAACUGUGUGCCAUCCAAAAGAUAUAUAUGCCACAGAUCAGGAAGGAAACUUUAAGUGCCCUGCUCUUGGCUGUGUAAGGAUAUUUAAAAGAAUUGGAUUUCUAAAUAAACAUGCAAUGACUGUACAUCCAACUGAUUUAAAUGUGCGACAAACAGUAAUGAAGUGGAGCAAAGGAAAAUGCAAAUUUUGUCAAAGGCAAUUUGAAGAUUCUCAGCAUUUUAUAGAUCACCUUAAUAGACACAGCUAUCCAAAUGUGUACUUUUGUUUGCAUUUUAAUUGCAAUGAGUCAUUUAAGCUGCCAUUCCAGCUUGCCCAGCAUACAAAAAGUCACAGGAUAUUUCAAGCUCAGUGUAGUUUUCCAGAAUGCCAUGAGCUUUUUGAAGAUCUUCCUUUGCUAUAUGAACAUGAAGCUCAGCACUAUUUAAGUAAAACACCAGAAUCAUCUGCACAACCAAGUGAAACAAUUCUUUGGGAUGUUCAUUCAGACUCAAAUCCUAAUCAUCAGGAAAAAGACUCAUCUAGUAAUGAGAAACAAACUGUUAAUCUGCCAGUUUCUAUUUGCAAAUCAAGGAAAGAUUCUACAGAACCAAAGACAUGUAUAGAAAGUAUGGAAAAGAAAACAGAUAGUUUAGUUCAGAAUGGGAAUGAACAUUCUGAUGACACUGUUUCAAAUAUAAGCUUGAUAGACCAAAAGAUGCCUGACAUAGAGCCAAAUUCUGAAAAUAAUUAUAGUAGUAGUGAUUUAGUCAAUGGACACAGUGAAAUGGAGCAAACGCCUUUAGUUUCAUCAGAUCCCGCUUUGAAAAGUGAUAUAAGUAGAAUCAGGACAGAAAAUGGUUCCGUUUUACCCAAUGCUGUACCACAAGAACACAAUACCUUGCCAGUAUCUCAGGCACCUUCCAAACCAAAUCUGACAAGUGAACCUACUUCAUAUGGCUUGAUUUUAACAAAACCAUAUGUCAGACCAUUGCCUCCCAGUUACCUUGAUGAACGGUAUCUUAGUAUGCCAAAACGCAGAAAAUUUCUGACUGAUAUAGUAGAUGCCUGUUCUGAUCAAGAUAACAUUUAUAAAAAACCAGUGAAAAGAUUAAGAUGUGGCAAAUGCCUGACCACCUACUGUAAUGCAGAAGCACUUGAGGCUCACCUUGCACAAAAGAAAUGUCAGACACUCUUUGGAUUUGAGUCAGAUGAUGAAAGUGCCUGAUAAAAAUGUUUCAGAAAGAUCUGUCGAUCAAGCAGUAGUGUGAAAAAAGCACUAUAAGAAAACGCAUCAUCAGUUUGCUAUUUCUCUGAUGGCCUUAAUUUUAGAGUGGUCUCGAAUUACUAAAGACAAAGCACAUUUUCUAGAAUGAACUCACAGAGGAGAUGUGCUGGCUUAGACUCCAAAAGGGUUAUUAUAAAACUCCCAAAGUACCAGUUUUCCAGAAAACCACAUUUUUAAAAAGCUUAUGAUGAUUAAUAGCAGCAUGUUCAGUUUCGCUUAUGUGAGAAAUAUGUUCAGGCAACUAGUCAGAAAGAAAACCAGCUAUGGCCUUACACAAAGGGAAAAGUGAACACAUUAAUAAAAACGGGGAGUGGUUUACAAUAAUAAACAACUUAAAGUAUUUUAUUCUGUAAGUGGGCUUUGUUUUCUUGUAAUGCAUAAUCAGAUUAUGUCCUCCCUUCUGGUCAAACAUGGUUUAAGGAACCAUUGCUCUUUGGUUUGUGAUCUGAUUUAGAAACUGACUCAUGAAAAUAAAACUUAUCACCAUGCUAUCUAUUAAAAAUUGUAACUUGUUUCCAGAUAAUUAACUAUGUCAAAGUUCAGUGAAUGAGUGGCAUGCCAGCAUUGAAAGUGAAAAAAAAAAUGAAGAAACAGUUCUUUGCUAAUAAGCUCUUGAUAGAACCUUCUACCCACAACUUUUAUAUUAUAGAUCAGUUAUAUUUAAAAGGCAACAGUGCCAAUUAAACAGAAAAAGAACGAUCAGUAACUGGGGAGAGAUGGUAGGAAUCUAAGACAUUACAUGCUAUGUAGUUAAACAAAAACACUGAAUUGGAAAUUCUUCAGUGUGAAUAAUGGUAAAAGCACACUGGGAUAUUUCUGUUUGUAUAUAAAGUUAGGACAUUGCUUGAUAAUUCAUAGUAAGGUCCUUUAGACGUUAAUGUGAGUUAUCAAAGUACAGUCCCAUAAAUAUAACUGGCUUAAAAAAAUUGUCAGCUAAGAAUCAGGCUAAGAAUUCAUUCAUUUUAUUCAAUUAAGAGAGGUAAUUCCAAAAUAAGCCAUACUACUGUUUUUUUAUUCAUGAAUGAUAAAUUUGGUCUGAAUAGUAAUUUUUACGUAUAAAAGGAAAUUUUUACACAAAAAUUUGCACAGCAAGAACACAAUGAGUUACAUUGAUGCAUUAUUUUCCUUAGUCACUAGUAAGAAAGAUUUUAAAAACGGACCUAUUAAUAAACCCAUGUCAACCAAAUAUUCCAGUUAUUCCAAAUGAGAAGUUUGUGAUCAAAGCAGAUAAUUUCAUCAGAUCCUAUUACCAAUAUGACAGUUUUAGAGCUUCCUGAAUGAGGUUACUAGAAGUGGGAUAUUUCUUCCAGGGCAGCACCCAGAAUUUAUUAAACUAACAGAGCAAAUGAUCUAAAAAAUACUUCCCAAUUUUAUUACUUAUUUUCAGCAUUCACUACUAUGCAAUGAUGGUCAUAAGCCGAUUCCAAAUUUAAGUUUGUUUUUGUUCUGUUAUGUAGCCUACAUUAGGCUGUAGAACUUAUAUUUAGAUAACAGAUAACUGAACAACUCAUAAUCAAGUUUUUAAAUCCUUUAAGGUCAACUAAAAAAAUGUUUUCCAUUUUUACUGAUACUAAAAAUGUAAUGAUUAAGUUUAUUUCACUGCAUUCUAAAAGUGUGUCUUAUAAUAAAAAGUCUGUUUGGAAACUGAUUUAUUUGGACAAUGAAGUUUUUUGGAAAUAUAAUUUCUGCUUUGUACAUUUUCCAGAAGUUUAACAACUUAACAUUUUAUAUUUUUAAUUUUUUUUACAAGUUGCAACCAUUGACAUAAAUCCAUGCCCACACAUUGUUACAUUUUCAUUAGUUUGAAAAGUUCAUGUGAAGAUGUUUUGUAAAUAUAUUCCACUUAUAUUUUUUGUCUUCAAUUUGAGGUUUAUUUCUACUUUUGUGUUGCUAAGACUGAGAUCAAAUUGGUUUAGAUAAAACUAAAUCAAGGAAUGUUUUAUAAAAUUCUGUUUGGCCACACUGUUCUAACCUCUUUAUUUGUAUACUUCUCAAAUAAUGGCUGUUGAAAGAAUGUGUACAGUUUAUUAUGUCUGUCUUCUACAUCAUUUUGCUUUUAUAGGGUGCAUAAACUUCUGACAGUUCUAAUUUGGGAUUCAGAAGUAAAGGAAGCUUUCUUCUUAUUUCUCUGAUUUUUCUCCUUUUCUUUUCUUUGCUUCUCUUCUACUCUUGUUUUGAGGAUGUGUUUAUCUUACGUGGACCAAGUUUCAAAUCUUUGUUUUUAAAUGAAAAUUUUCCUUCAAAAAAUUAAAUAUUAAUUUCCUGCUAUAUAUCAGUAAGGUCAAGAAAAUAGCAAAUCUGAAUUUUUGCUGCUCAGCUAUUAUGGAGAAAGUAGAAAAGGUGAAUUUCCGUGGACAAGGACACUGGUACUUUGGGCUUUAGCCAUAUUCAUUUUUUUAAAACCACCUAUUAUAUAAUGCAUAGAUAAUUUAUAUCAUUGAACUUGUGAUUCUUUUAAAAUCACACUGAAGGUUCAGCCGUACUCCUUUCAUGUUUGGUUUAAUACUGUUGUAUGGAUGAAAAACCUAAAAGGGAUGAUAGUGUUUAUUUUUUAAUUUAUUUGGUACUGUAAAACACCUUUUCAGAAUGAAUAAAUGCUGCAUAUGCAUUUUGGAAUUGUUAAUAUGUGAAAGAUAUUACAGAUUCAGCAAGAAAGAAAAUUUGUGCUUCCUUGUUGAACAUUAAAUUAUUUUACUUUGCAUUUUAUAAGAGUACAAAUUAAAACUGAGCCAUUGAACUGCAAUAAAUCAACAAUAGUGUCUCAUUUCAAGAAAUUUUUUGUACUGUACAUAGAUUUGUUCAAUAAAACAUUGUCCUUGUUGGUAAUCAA